AGAGCAUGGCGGAGCCCACCGUUUGCUCUUUCCUCACCAAGGUGCUGUGCGCCAACGGCGGCCGCAUGUUCCUGCAGGACCUGCGCGCCCACGUGGAGCUCUCGGAGGCCAGGCUCCAGGACGUGCUGCGCCAGGCCGGGCCCGACCGCUUCCUGCUGCAGGAGGUGGAGGUGAAGGAGGGCCUCUGGGACGCCGAGGCCGAGGUGGCGGCCGGCGCCGUUGGCGCGGGCGGCGGCGGCGGCCCCUUGGCCUGGAGGGUGGUGGCCGUGUCCUCGGCGCGCCUGUGCGCCCGCUACCAGCGCGGCGAGUGCCAGGGCUGCGACCAGCUGCACUUCUGCCGCCGUCACAUGCUGGGCAAAUGCCCGAACCGCGACUGCUGGUCCACCUGUACCCUUUCCCAUGAUAUCCACACACCUGUCAACAUCCAAGUCCUGAAAAAUCAUGGACUUUUUGGCCUCAAUGAGGCCCAGCUUCGGAUUCUGCUUUUGCAGAACGACCCCUGCCUUUUACCGGAGGUCUGCUUGUGCUACAACAAAGGCGAAGCCCUGUAUGGUUACUGCAGCCUCAAAGACAAGUGCAACAAGUUUCAUGUGUGCAAGUCCUUUGUCAGGGGAGAGUGCAAGCUGCAGAAAUGCAAGCGGUCCCAUCAGCUCAUUCACGCGGCAUCCCUGAAGCUGCUGCAGGACCAGGGACUGAAUAUCCCCAGUGUCGUUAAUUUCCAGAUCAUCUCUACCUACAGGCACGAGAAGCUGCACAAGAAGCUUGAAAAUAAAGAUAAUUCAGCUUCUGCUGAGCAUGCACAGGGCCCUGAGAAACAAGGAGGAGCCGCUGCUGUGGCUGCAGAAGCGCGUCCCCUAGUUCCUGCCCCUGCCCAGUCGGCCAAGAAGUCAUGCGCAGGUAAACCAUAAAGGGCGUCAGCGAAGUAAGAAGUGUGUCCAUUCGGAAGGCCUGAAAACAAAGCUUCUGUUGCGCUUCGAUUUGUAACCAUUCAUUCAUUGAAUUAUUUCUUUCAAAAUACCUACCUCACAGGGUGUUGUGAAAAUUAAAGACAGCAAAGGAGACAUUGUCCGAUGUGGAGGAUAAGGCUGGGGACGAGGUUGGACGCUGAGCAGGCAGGGCGAGGGCAACUCCUGCGUGCAGGUGGGGGCAGUGCAGGGCGAGCCUGGGGGACGCAGCACCUGCCUUCAGUCCCCGAGGGCUCUGCUCAGGCCGC